GCUCCGCUCGGCUCGGAGCCUCCCCUUCCCCGAAGAUGUUCAACAGGGCGGUGAGCAGGCUCAGUAGGAAGCGUCCGCCUUCAGAGAUACAUGACAGUGAUGGGAGUUCAAGCAGCAGCCAAGAGAACCUUAGAGGAACUACAAAAUGGGCUGCCUCCUUGGAGAACCUACUUGAAGACCCAGACGGUGUUAAAAGAUUUAGGGAAUUUUUAAAAAAGGAAUUUAGUGAAGAAAAUGUUUUGUUUUGGCUAGCGUGUGAAGAUUUUAAGAAAACGCAAGAUAAAAAACAGAUGCAGGAGAAAGCAACAGAAAUUUACUCAACGUUCUUGUCGAGUAAAGCUUCAUCGCAAGUCAAUGUGGAAGGGCAGUCCCGUCUAAGUGAGAAGAUUCUGGAGGAGCCCCACCCUUUAAUGUUUCAGAAACUCCAGGACCAGAUCUUCAGUCUCAUGAAGUACGAUAGCUACAGUCGCUUCUUAAAAUCUGACUUAUUCUUAAAACACAAGAGGAUUGAAGAAGAGGAAGAAGGGGAUACUGACACCCAAACUGCAGCAAAAAGAGCCUCAAGAAUAUAUAACACAUGAUCCAGAAAAGAUCCCGAAAACUGGCCUGGCAAUUUUUUUUUCUCCCACUCUCAGGAAAAAUGUUGUACAUAACUGCUUUAUUUUACAUAAGGACUGAAAAGCACCAAAUCCAUGUGGGGGUAUUUGAUUAAUUGCUUUAAAAAUGAUUUUUGCCUGAUUACCAUCCUUGCCUCAGAAACACGUAUCCUUGAAGAGGGGUUUUCCCUUGAAAACGUUCAGAAUCUCAUAGGCUAAAAUGCUGCCAAAGAGGCAUAUUUUGAUUUAAUGUGAAGCAACCAGUAUGUGACUGUAGGAUUGCUUUAUAUUUUAGGCUCUUUCCUUGGUGCACUUAUAUUUUAGUGUUUUGUUAAUCAGUUCAUGGGUCAGUAUUAUCAAUCAGUCCUGCACAUACCUUGGCAUAUAUUAUUUGUAACCAGGGUACUUUGGGAUCAGAAAAAAGACGGUCAUUGACAUUUUCUAAAGAGUGUGUGUGUGUCGGGGUGCGCAUAUGUGUGAGUGUGUGUGUGGUAAAACCAAAGGGAUAUUCUCCAUAGGCUUGCCCUGCCUUCUGAAUGAUUCAUGACAUUUCAGGCAACUGCUUAUUAGCUUUUAGGGAGAAUACAGGCAAAAAACCCAUCCUGACAGAAAUAAGAUCUCCACUAUGAAAAAUAAGUAAAUGGGAAAUAGUUCAGUGUCCCCAUAGCAACACGAGUUACAGUGGAAUAAAACAGUGGGAUUAAGUACAUGAUGGAAGUAAAGUUAGUGGCGGCAGUUUUCUCUUUUCCUCUGCUCCCUGGGUGUGGACCCUCCAGAGUUGAAGUGAUGUGUCUAGCUAGUCAUUACACCUCAAACAUGGCCCAAGAGGUUGUAUUCAUUGUAAAUCCAUGCAAUUCCCUGAGACCGUCGUCAUCGGAUUCGAUGCCGUAUUAACUUUUCCCCUUUCAGAUACCCAGCUAUCCAAAAUGAAAACUCAAUUUAUAAUUUUUCGGACAUCAGCGCUGCGUUUUCUGGUCUCCUGUUUGUCAGCCCCUCAGUAGGAAAAGGGAGGCGUCAUUGAAUUUUAGGGCAAAAAUACAAGCCAUAGCUCUGAGCAGAACAGAAAGGAUCCUACACGUGUGAUCACAUACCUAAUGAGCCGAUCUAACGGCAGAUCACGCCACAGCAUUUACAGCUAAAGUGAAUUCCCUUAUCCCUCCUCAUUCCCCCCCCCUUAUUUUUUUGUCUUUUCAUUUUUGUUAAAUUCACUAGCUAGUUGUAAUUCCAUGUCUAUGGGAUUGGGAAACAGCUACUUUUGUCAUCAGGCCAUUUGAGGCUGUUUAGAUUUCUGCUGUGGAACUCCCUUGGAAUUGACUCGAGCUCCUUGCGAGGCAGAUAAAGAUGACUGAGAGAAAAGUAGGUCUUUGUCCAAAGGAUUGGAUGACCUGUUAACUAGAUUUUUGUCUGUUUGUCUUCACGAGGGGCAUGGGAUACUUUAUGUGGACUCUUGAGGCACUAUAAAAAGCUGAUUUAAAAAUGCUAAGAAAAUUCAUUUUAGGGUUGCUGAAUUCAGGGCUGAGAUCUCCAAAUACGGGAGAGUAUAAUUUAUUUAAUCGCUUUGCAAUCAGUAGGGAGCUAGGAUAUUCCCUGUCCUUAUUUACUCUCAUUUUAGCCUCAGAUUUCCUCGCAAUUAGCUUUGGAUUAGUUUUUAGAUUGCAUUGUUGGGAAAGGUCAAUUGGGUAUUAUGCAGUAUUGUUGCUAUUAACAUUUACAAGGCAUUGAAGGUUAGAAAAUUAUGAUGUAGCCCUGAAGGAAACCAAAAAUUAUAUAUUAUCUUGGGAAGACAAAGCAGCCUCAACGUUUCUGUGUGGGUUCUAAUUCCAGGGCCUCCACUGGUCUGCUGUGUGACCUCGGGCAAGUCACUU